AUGAGUUAUUCUAAUCUCUCUCCUUUAAGCUAAUCAAGUGAAUCUAAUUCAUAAAGGAAUAAAAAGAAUAUUGUGAAUUUUGAUGUUAUUCAUGAUCCUGUUUUGGAGAAAAAUCAUGGUAACAAUUAAAGGAUUGGCAGAUCAUCUUUAAAGAAUUAAAAAAUGUAGAAUAUGGUGAAAACAGUCAAUAAAUAUUUAUAAACUUAUGAAAUAUAUUUAAAACUCUUACUUGGAAGACGGAUAAAAAGUAAAGAUGAAUAAAAGUUGAAUAAUAAAUUUGGUCGAUUCAUUGGAUAGAUUGAUGAAAAUAUCUUACCAGAGGCAGUAUUAAAGUAAAUAUUGAUAAUUAAUAAAGGUUUCCUAAUCCUGAUUGUUUAUAAUGCGAAUAGUUAGAAAUUAUGUCACCUAUCGAUACAAUCCUCUUUAUAGAAAAAGUUCUUAAAUUAGACAUGAAGAAAAUAGACAAUUAAAUAUUUAUGAAAGUACAUGAAUGA